AUGCUUCGCAUUCCUGCCAUCCUGUUCGCCGUGCUCUCCUUGGCGGUCGCCGCCCGGAGCCAAGAUGUCUGUAUCGAUGUUUGUCAACCCGUCGAGCCGGUUUGUCCUUCUGGGCAGCGCGCGUCGGGUAUGCCGGGCUGCUGGGGAUGCUGUCACACGAUCCCGCUGGACUAA